AGGGUUUUCUGUAAGCAGAAUUAGAAAGGGGAAUUCCCCAAUACUCUUGGGGGAUUUAAACCCGUCAAAUCAGUUUUACCGUUAGAACAGAAGCAAUGGAAUACGCAGCAGCCACUUUGUUGGUAGCAAUGAUAAUGCCUUUCGGGUCCUUUGGCGACUCCUCGGAUAAUCUAUCGCCUUGUUCUUUUGUGGACCUGUAUAACGCCGAGUUUCAACAAUGCACAGACUCGUCAGGAGGGAACCUACUUCCAACAGACAUCUUUUUUUGGCAAAACCUGCCAGCAUUCACGAUCUGUACGUUUAGAUGUAUUAUUGAUGGGAAAGAUGUUUCUCGAAUUUGUGAAAAUGGUCGAUGGACGGGUCCCAAGUGUAAGUCCUACAGAGUGAAGCGCUUUUGGAGGAGAAGGAGAAGAAGUCCUCCACCCCCUCCCCCUGAUACUACACCUCCUACGAUUGGCUGCCCAGGGAACGUAUAUGUCACAGCUAACCCAUUGGAAACGUCGUCUGUCGUCAGCUGGACGGAGCCCACUGCCUACGACUCCAAGGAUGGAUACUUGGGCACAACAAGGUCUGGUCCCGCACCUGGAAGUCGGUUUUCAGAAGGAGCUACAACGAUUGGGUACUCGGCGCGCGAUAGCGCCGGUAAUACCGCUCAGUGUUCCUUCAGCGUUACUGUCACAGUGGUGCGCUGCCCGCCGCCCUCUUACUCGGGUUCCUACAGCUGUACCGGGGGCACGUCCUACAUAUACGGAGCGUCUUGUUCCUUUGACUGUUCUGCUCUAGGAUACGAACUGAUUGGACAAUCUACGGUCACGUGCCUGUCCUCUGGGCAUUGGAGCAACUCGAUUCCAUCUUGCCAGCGCGUUAACUGUGGUGACCCUGGAGUGCUGACCAAUGGCGUGCCAGAUUUCCCUGGAACUCGGUACGAAGACGUGGUGACCUACACAUGUAAUGCAGGGUACAACAUCACUGGAGAUGUAAACCGCAGGUGUCAGGCUACCGGCCUGUGGAGUGGAUCUCGACCAUUCUGCUGGUACUCCAUCAGUUGUUCUAGUUUCCCUUGUUUAAACGCAGCGACCUGUACUAAUACAUUAGGAGGAUUUAAGUGCGCAUGUGCGCCAGGCUGGACCGGAAGUGUCUGUGAAACAGAUGUCCAACCUCCCGUGAUGUCCAACUGUCAGAACUCUGAAACAAUUUUGACGUCACAACCAGAAGCUGUAGCGUCAUGGAACAUCCCAUCAUUCCACGACCCAAUGGGGAAUCAAAUAAAAGUGCAGUCCAAUUACCCCCUAAAUACAUCUACUUUUCCAUGGGGAGACUUUACGGUCCAGUAUUCCGCACUUAAACUAAACAACGGUCUGCGCACGGAGUGCAACUUUAACUUGUCUGUCAAACCCAUUCCAUGCCCUGAUCUUGUGAUUCCUCCAAACGCUGUCAUGGUCUGUAACGACUGGAAUACCGAUAUGCUGAACAUGUGCGUUAUUGUAUGUCAAUCGGGGUAUUUCGUUCCCAAUGGUUACAGCGAGGAUGUACUGUAUGUGUGCGGAUCCAGUGGGAACUGGUCCCCUGCUGGACCGAUGCCAGAAUGUAUCGCGGGAACCCCAUCAUACAUUCGGAAUGCACCGUCCUUUACAGAUUGUAAUAAUAGCAAAUCCCGGUCGGAACUUUCUUUACAUUUCAUUGAUCUCCUGGAGAGGUCGAACUUCGCUCAUAUUUGUAAAACAACCACUUGUGAUGCAAACAACUAUUCCUGUCGAGCUGGGUGGAGUGACCCAGAUACUGGCAAGAUGGCGAGCGACAAACUUAGGGUGCUGUUGGUUCUAGGAAGUAUCCGAGACGGCAGACAGGGGCUCAAAGUGGCCAAGUUUAUGAAGAAAGCGCUGGCCACCCGAAACCUUGAGGUGAUCUUCUACGAUCUACUUGAGAUGGACUUUCCAACGGUCAAGCAACCAGUACACUUUUACGGACCGGACCGAAGCGGGGCCCCUCAGAUCCUGGUAGAUUGCGAGAAGACGAUACAAGAAGUUGACGCCAUUGUUGUGGUUACGCCGGAGUACAACAACAGUAUCCCUGCGUCACUCAAGAACUUCUUGGACGCCUUCCCCGACAGUGCCUUUGGCUUUAAGCCAAGCGGUAUCACGUGUUACUCACAGGGUACCUAUGGGGGAUUGGGUGCGGCUAUAGCUCUAAGGACCACUCUGGGAAUUCUCGCGUGUCCUUGUGUGUCAAGAAUGUUCGCCAUACCGUACGUACAAAAUGUACUCGAUGACGAUGGGAAUGCACUCGAUGAUAAACUGAACACAGAUGUGAAGCCAAUGCUAGAUCAGCUUGUGUGGGCGGCAACCGCCGUCAGAAAUCACCGGAAGUGUGCUGAACUUCCGGUCUCAUCUUUCUUCGGGAGCUAGUGUCAUCUAUUUUGUUUGUGAUUUGAAAGUUGUCUUUUCUGCAGUGUUGCGUCAGAGCGAUAGAAAAAAAUCAAAGUACUGAAGAACUGACGGGAGUUGAUUUCGUCGAUGUUUAUCUAUUUUAAAAUCAAUGAUAUGUUAUUUUGCAUGACAAGUACAUGUAGUUUCUAAUUUGAAUUACGCCAUUUUUAUAAUAUGAAUUUUUGGACUUCGACAAGAAUGUCGAGAAACACCCAUAUGAAUCAUGUUAAAUAAUAUUUAAAGAUAAAAUUAAUUCAAUCAAACUAUGUAUCAGUAAUAAAAAUAUUUCUCGAAAAUUGUA